UUUUUUAUUUUUUAGUUUAUUGUACCGUUUUCCACCGUCUGUUAAUCCCAAAGCAAUAAUGUUGAAGUAAAUAAAUAGAUGAGCUGAAAACAGUAGGGCAACGUGGACGGUGAGGAUGAACAGAGGCGAGGCGGUACAUGGACCAUGAUGGACAUUCCGUACAUGGAAUAAGUUUAAAGCAAAAGACGAAUGGACACAGCGUGCCCCAGAAACACCGGCGGCAUUUUUCAUUUUGAACCAGUCGCUCACUUCUUCGGACGCUCUACCCGUGCCGACUCCUCCGCCUUCCCACGUGCCACCGCGUCCUUCUCCUCUUAUAAACACACGCUCUCUUGCUCCUCUCCAUUCUCAUUCCCACCCAUUCCAACGCAAACACAAGCACCUCUCUCUCUCUCUCUAAUGGCUACUCCGACGCCUCUCUUGAAGGAUGAGCUCGACAUCGUGAUCCCCACGAUUCGAAACCUGGAUUUCUUGGAGAUGUGGAGGCCCUUCUUCGAGCCGUACCAUCUGAUCAUCGUCCAGGACGGUGACCCGUCGAAGAGCAUCAAGGUUCCUGACGGCUUCGACUACGAGCUCUACAAUCGCAACGACAUCAACAGGAUUCUGGGUCCCAAGGCCUCCUGUAUCUCCUUCAAGGACUCCGCCUGCCGUUGCUUUGGCUACAUGGUCUCUAAGAAGAAGUACAUCUUCACCAUUGACGAUGACUGCUUCGUUGCUAAAGAUCCAUCUGGCAAAGAGAUCAAUGCGCUUGCGCAGCACAUCCAGAAUCUUCUUGCCCCAGCAACUCCCUUCUUCUUCAACACCCUUUAUGACCCAUUCCGAGAUGGUGCAGACUUCGUCCGUGGAUACCCUUUCAGCCUCCGUGAGGGUGUCCCAACUGCUGUGUCUCAUGGCCUCUGGCUCAACAUACCAGACUAUGACGCACCUACACAGCUUGUGAAGCCUCUUGAGAGGAACACAAGGUAUGUAGAUGCAGUUUUGACCAUUCCAAAGGGUACCCUUUUCCCCAUGUGUGGAAUGAAUCUGGCAUUUGACCGUGACCUGAUUGGCCCUGCCAUGUAUUUCGGACUCAUGGGCGAUGGUCAGCCAAUCGGACGCUACGAUGAUAUGUGGGCUGGCUGGUGCACAAAGGUGAUAUGUGACCAUUUGGGACUGGGAAUUAAGACGGGGCUUCCCUACAUCUGGCACAGCAAAGCGAGCAACCCGUUCGUGAACCUGAAGAAAGAGUACAACGGCAUCUUCUGGCAAGAAGAGAUCAUCCCAUUCUUCCAAUCAGCGAUCCUUCCCAAGGACUGCACCACCGUUCAGAAAUGCUAUGUUGAACUCGCCAAGCAGGUCAAGGACAAGCUCGGGAAGGUCGACCCUUACUUUGUUAAGCUUUCAGAUGCCAUGGUCACAUGGAUCGACGCAUGGGAUGAGCUCAACCCAGCUGGAGGUUCUGCAGCAAAACUGCCCAAUGGCACUGCCAAAUAGAAGUUUUGUUCGGCCAUUCCGUAGUUGCCCCAGUUUUCCAUUUAGUUAUCCAAUUUAUAGUUCUUACAAUUGUUUCUUUAUUUCCUUUGAGAUCUGUCUGAUCUAUUUUUGCGCUCUUGGAUUCGAACUUAGCUGAUGUUCUAUUGUCAUUAUUAUUUAUUAUUAUGAUUUAUUUCUAUAUGUUAUGAGCCCCUAAAAAAACAAUAAAAAGAGAAUAGCACUUGGCAUUGAAUUA